AUGUCAUUUUACAAGGGGAAAUACCGUGUCUCCAGUAGGGACGUCAAACAAGUUCUAGGAAAGCCAACGGUCAUCGGCAUCUACGGCCUUCCUGGCUCCGGAAAGUCUGACGUUCUCAAAUACUUGCGCCAGGAACUCGGCGAGGAAGACUUCGCGUUCUUCAAAGGCUCUGAAAUUAUUGCGUCCCUCGUCCCUGGAGGUCUUGACGAGUUUCAGACACUCACUGAGGACGAGAAAUAUGAAUGGCUUAUCAAAGCCAUCAACCACGUUAAGGACGAGGCCAUAACCAGCCGUCGAGUAGCUGUGGUGACUGUGUAUUUUAGUUUCUGGUCCAAGGAGAGCGAUAUGCCUCAAGCGGUCCUCAGAGAGGGUGACUUGGGGACGUUCACGCAUAUCAUCUAUCUGAGACCUGAGGUGCAAACCGUUAUGUCAAAUAUCGAGAGCGACAAGAAGGACCGAUCCUACAUGUCCCAUUUGACGGUGGAGAACUUGGAUGAUUGGCACCGCCGUGAAAUCUCGGCGAUGCAAGACAACUGUGGGGAUAAUAUUCCUUUUGCUAUCAUUCACUCGCCCCUGGCCCGGAGCGUCCUAAACCUUGUUCGGAAGUUUAAAAAGCCGCCUACUGCUGAAGAAAACAUCUCCGAGGUGACGAAGCGACUUGACGAGAUCGUCGCUCUUCACGACACUAAAGAGCUCCAGACAUUCCUCGUCUUUGACGCUGACAAGACACUGUCGGCUGAAGAUGGCAGCCUUCUCCUUUGGGAUGAGGUGCAGGGGGACAACUUCGGAGGCGGUGGCAAUCUCCUAAGAUAUCUCUACGGUGGUGCAAUGGGGUACUCGGAUGAUGCAUUCCGCGAGACUACCGUGAUGCUGGAAGACAAGUGUAAUGAUGAGGAAUUCGAAGGUCAUUGCAACACGGUCUCAGCACGCGUCUCUCUGCGCCCUGAGUUCUUCUCUCUCUUGCGCGUCGUCGCAGAGAUGAAACACAUCGGCGCUGUUGUUGUGACUUGUGGAGUUGGACGUGUUUGGACCAAGGUUUUGGAGCACCAUGGCCUUGCAGACAGUGUGAAGGUGAUUGGCGGUGGGAGGUUCUCGGACGGAUAUACCGUCACUCCUGGAGUUAAAGCCGCUGUUGUGUCGCACCUCAGAGAUGCUCAUGAGCUCUACGUAUGGGCCUUUGGUGAUAGUCCUUUGGAUAUCACCAUGCUUUGGGAAGCGGACCAAGCUUCUGUUGUUGUUGGUGACGAGAAGAUCAGAAGCACAACUAUGGAUGAAAAGUUGGAUAAGGUUAUCCGGGAUGAUCACCUGCGAGCCCGACAGAUUCUUUUGCCUAGUACAGCAUCGCCUAGACUUGACACCAGCACUCUCCCCGUUGUCCGCAUGGACGAAGACUUCAUCAACUCGAUCAUCGAUCGCCGCCCGGACCGCCAGGCGCUCAAGAUCUUCGCCGCCACCGACAAAGCUGCCGCCAAACUUCUCAUGUCGCCCAUGCGCGACGCCGCAGUAUUUGGUCCAGUGCUACGACAAGCACACGCUAAUGUCGGGCGAUAUCUCGCCACCGAGUAUGUAUCCGAGCUCAUUGGUCUUGAGGACUACGCCAUCCCACACGUGCAGGGCCACAAGACAACCGGGUACUAUCUGCGCAACGAAGCUACUACUUCGAUCAUCGCUUUGAUGCGCGGUGGUGAACCGAUGGCAUUCGGCGUCAGCGAAGUUUUCCCACAAGCCAUGUUCAUUCAUGCGUCUACCGCUGGAGACGUGAAGAUGCAUCAUGUUCAGGGACAGACGAACGUGAUUUUGGUGGAUUCCGUGGUCAACAGCGGCAAGAGCGUGAUAGAGUUCAUCAAACGCGUUGUGCGUCUUGAGCCCAACAUCAGCAUUACAGUCGUGGCAGGUGUAGUUCCGGCUGAGGCCAUCGCCGAAGAUCAUCUAUUCGCCAAGGUGAUGAGACGACACGGCGCUGGAUUGGUUGCGCUUCGAGUUUCGGAGAACAAAUUCACGGGAACCAAGACGACCAACACUGGGGAUCGGCUCUUCAACACGACUCAUUUGGCUUAG